AUGAUCCUGACUACCAGUUCCAGAUCGACCUACACAGCCACCCUUACAUCCAGUGUGCUGGAUUACCCUACCGAAUACGGUCGACGAUACCAUGCGUUCCGAGCAGGUGCAUACCUUGCUCCCAACGAUGAAAGCGAGAUGGAUAGGCUAGACCUGAACCACAUGUUGGUGAUGAAGACGAUUGGGCGGAAGCUCUUCCUAGCCCCGGUUCCGCCUCAAAGUACUCAUCGAAUCCUUGAUAUUGGGACAGGCACGGGUAUAUGGGCUAUUGAGGCAGCAGAUGUCUUCCAAAACGCAGAGAUUCUCGGAAUCGAUCUGAGCGCGAUCCAGCCUUCAUGGGUCCCGCCCAAUGUGAAAUUCGAAGUUGACGAUGUUGAAAGCCCUUGGGUGCAUGGAUAUCUAUUCGAUUUCAUCUUCUGCCGGUACAUGGCGGCCUCCAUCGCAGACUGGGAAAAGCUGGUCAAGAACACCUUUGACAACUUGGCCCCUGGAGGUUGGGUCGAAUUCCAAGACUACAAAAUCUCCAUGGUCUCGGAUGACGGCACGUUCACCAAAGAUCAUCAUACAGCCAAGUGGAUGAGCCUUCUUAUGGAAGCCUGUGAGAAGGUUGGGCGGGAUGCCUGCCCCGGGCCCAAAUUGGAAGGUUGGGUCAGAGAGGCUGGGUUUGCCAACGUAGUUCAUCAGGAGUUCAAGAUGCCUAUCGGUCCAUGGCCGAAGGAUCCUCACCUCAAGGAUGUCGGUAUGACGAAUUUGAUCCAGCUCUUGGACGGGCUGGAAGGGUUCAGCUUGAGGACUUUCUGUGGAGUUCUUGGCUGGACUAAGGAGGAGGUGACGAUACUUCUUGCUCAAGUGCGCAAUGAAUUGAAGUCUUGCGGUUUCAAUGCUUACAGUGCAAUCCAUGUCGUCUAUGCACAAAAGCCUGAGGAAGUGGAAGAGAACUGA